AUGGCUCCCAGCAAGACGCGGACGGUCAAGAACAAGCACGCGGGCUCAAAGAGCAGCGCGGGCGCGCCUGGAAAGGGCGGCGCAAAGCGGUCUUCCACCGAUGGCAUCUCCAAGCCCAAGUCCAAGUCCAAGCCAAAGGGCCCCGUUGUGUCGCAGCAGGUCAAGGAGAAGAACCGUGCGUUGUUGAUGAAGCGGCCGAAGAAGAAGACGUACACCGCCGAAGAGCUGGGCAUUCCGACUUUGAAUAUGAUUACUCCCAUUGGCGUCGAAAAGCCCAAGGGCAAGAAGAAGGGCAAGGUCUUUGUGGACGACAAGGAGAGCAUGACGACAAUCCUGUCCCUAGUGCAAGCCGAAAAAGAAGGCCACAUCGAGUCGAAGAUAAUGAAGGCCCGCCAGAUGGAGGAGAUUCGCGAGGCCAGGAAAGUGGAAGCCGAUAAGAAGGCGGCAGAGAAGAAGGCAAAGUUUGAGGACACCAAGGAGUCCCUGAGGAAGAAGCGCAAGAGAAAGAGCGAAAAGGGCGAUGGAGACGAUAACCUGAAGAGCAUAUCACUUACGGGCUCAAAAGCGUCCAAGGCGGGCAAAAAGAGGGUAUCAUUUGCGUGA